AUGGUUAUUAUUGACAUUAAGAUUACUACUACUACUACUACUACUACUACUACUACUACUACUACUACUACUACUACUACUACUACUACUACUACUACUACUACUACUACUACUACUACUACUACUACUACUACUACUACUACUACUACUACUACUACUACUACUACUACUACUACUACUACUACUACUACUACUACUACUACUACUACUACUACUACUACUACUACUACUACUACUACUACUACUACUACUACUACUACUACUACUACUACUACUACUACUACUACUACUACUACUACUACUACUACUACUACUACUACUACUACUACUACUACUACUACUACUACUACUACUACUACUACUACUACUACUACUACUACUACUACUACUACUACUACUACUACUACUACUACUACUACUACUACUACUACUACUACUACUACUACUACUACUACUACUACUACUACUACUACUACUACUACUACUACUACUACUACUACUACUACUACUACUACUACUACUACUACUACUACUACUACUACUACUACUACUACUACUACUACUACUACUACUACUACUACUACUACUACUACUACUACUACUACUACUACUACUACUACUACUACUACUACUACUACUACUACUACUACUACUACUACUACUACUACUACUACUACUACUACUACUACUACUACUACUACUACUACUACUACUACUACUACUACUACUACUACUACUACUACUACUACUACUACUACUACUACUACUACUACUACUACUACUACUACUACUACUACUACUACUACUACUACUACUACUACUACUACUACUACUACUACUACUACUACUACUACUACUACUACUACUACUACUACUACUACUACCACUACCACUACCACUACAUCCCCUUUGACUAAAAUAUUUAGCGGUAAAUUUGAUUAGAAUUAGCAGCUAUUGUUUUAUCUUCCGAACACAUUAACUUUAAUUUAAAAUGAUUUUAAUAAUUCACAUAGAAUUUAUAUUUUUAUAUCUAAUCGUUAGUUCCCAAUUCUGUUUUUUUUUCGUUAUGUAAUGUAAUUUUCUAACACAAAGGUUUUGUCGUUCGAUUGAAAAGCGUAAUUUGUUUUUUUUUUUGUUUUUUGAUAUACCGAUCAAUUUAUUAAAGACUAAAGAAUGGCAGGUGAAAUCGACCAUAUAAAUCAAUGACUUAUAAAUUCACUUUAGUAUUGUUUUGUUUGUAUCUUCUCAUUGAUGUUUAGGCUAGUAAUGGAUCAGUCUCAUAUUGGCAAUAUGUUGAUACUGUGCGGAUUACUUCGAUAUUGCAUUAAUUUACAAAGAUUAUAAGCAAAGAUGGAUAAUACCUAGUAGUGAAAUUGAGUUUGACUUGCAUUUCGUCAUAUUUGGUACUUGUCAGCUGGAUGUAUCUGCAUCUCAGUGUUGUUGUUUAUUCUGGGACUCGAACCCACUGUAAAGUGUGAUUGAUAAAUGAACUCAAGAAUGAUAAAGUCAAACUCUCACCACUAUGGCGUGUGCUAGUUAUAUCGACAUAAGUAGUAUAUGACACUAGUCGUGAACAGAAUGUCUGGCAUCAGAGAGACAAGAAGAUUGAACAGUAAAGAAUGGAAACAGAAUGCAAUUUGUAUGAAAAUGCAAGUACAAAGAAGUCUGAGUAAUUUUGAGACAAUUGAUAGACAUUAUGCAAAUUACGCAUUUACUUUAUGAUUGUUAGAUUUUAUUAACA